AUGAUCCCUGUUGACACCCAUUCCAUGAUCCCUGUUGACAUCCCCUCCAUGAUCCAUGUUGACAUCCCCUUCAUGAUCCCUGUUGACAUCCCCUCCAUGAUCCAUGUUGACAUUCCCUCCAUGAUCCAUGUUGACAUCCCCUCCAUGAUCCAUGUUGACAUCCCCUCCAUGAUCCAUGUUGACAUCCCCUCCAUGAUCCAUGUUGACAUCCCCUCCAUGAUCCAUGUUGACAUCCCCUCCAUGAUCCAUGUUGACAUCCCCUCCAUGAUCAAUGUUGACAUCCCCUCCAUGAUCCAUGUUGACAUCCCCUCCAUGAUCCAUGUUGACAUCCCCUCCAUGAUCCAUGUUGACAUCCCCUUCAUGCUCCUUGUUGACAUCCCCUUCAUGCUCCUUGUUGACAUCCCCUCCAUGAUCCCUGUUGACAUCCCCUUCAUGAUCGAUGUUGACAUCCCCUUCAUGAUCCAUGUUGACAUCCCCCCCAUGAUCCAUGUUGACAUCCCCCCCAUGAUCCAUGUUGACAUCACCUUCAUGAUCGAUGUUGACAUCCCCUCCAUGAUCCAUGUUGACAUCCCCUCCAUGAUCAAUGUUGACAUCCCCUCCAUGAUCCAUGUUGACAUCCCCUCCAUGAUCCAUGUUGACAUCCCCUUCAUGAUCCAUGUUGACAUCCCCUUCAUGAUCCAUGUUGACAUCCCCUUCAUGGACACAACGUUCAUCCUCCAUGGUCCUGACACCUAG